UGCCGCCGCUCCGCGUUCAGUGCCGAGGGCGAGGCUGGCAGCCGGCGCAGUGUUAGCUGAGGUUCCGUCGCGACCGGUGCUCCGCGCGCUGCGACCUGCCUACGCGUACAUCGAUAUCCGAUUUAUCGUGGUUCGCAGUCUCGAAUAUUAACGUGUCUGUGAUAAUUCCGAUACUAUUCCACCAAUCGCGGCCGGCUGUUGUAAGUAAACGACACACUAUCAGCUCGCCGUCGAUCUGUGCCGAAUCGAAAUUUUUCACGGCGACCGAGCGUCCCGGUAAUAACGACGUGCUCUUACACGGGGUUCUGUUGCUAUUAUUACAUUAUCCUUGUGUGAAUUAUUUGUGUGGAUACAAAUUAACGUAGAAGAUGAAGUCCAAGGAGGAGGUGGAUACGAAGGUGCAAACGGGUACUUUUAUUUUAUCCGAAAAGAUCGAUGACACUAAGUCAAAGAAAAGCGAGAAGGAAAUGAAGAAGGAGAUGAAGAAACUCGAAAAGGAAAAGCAGGAGAGAGAGAAACGGGAGAAAAAGGCUAGAGAAAAGGAGAAGGAGCGUGAGAAGCAAGCGAAAAAAGGCAGAGUGGUGUGCGGCGCGUGCGCCGGCAAGUGCAGCGGGGAAGUGCUGCGCGUGUCAGACAAGUACUUCCACAUGGCGUGCUUCACGUGCCGUACCUGCUCCGCGUCGCUCGCUCGCGGCGGCUUCUUCUGCAAGGACGGAUACUACUACUGUCCGCAGGACUACCAACGGGCAUUCGGCACGAGGUGCGCGGCGUGCAACCAGUACGUAGAGGGCGAGGUGGUCUCCGCGCUCGGGAACACCUACCACCAGAAAUGCUUCACUUGCGCAAGAUGCCAACGCGCGUUCCCGUCUGGUGAGAAGGUGACGUACACGGGCAGCGAGGUGGUGUGCGCGGCGUGCACGAGCGCGCCGCAGAAGCAGACGGCGCGGGCGGCGCGCUCGCCCCUCGCGUCGCCGCGCUCGCCCGCCACGCCGGCGCCGGCCGCCUCGCCCUCCUCGCCCGAGCCCCCCUCCUCGCCCACUUCACCCGGCUCGCCCGGCUCCGGCCGGGACCGGGACCAGCGGCAGCCGGACCCCAACGAGUGCGCGGGCUGCGGCCAGGAGCUGUCGGAGGGGCAGGCGCUGGUGGCGCUGGAGCGGCAGUGGCACACGUGGUGCUUCGCAUGCGGCGAGUGCGGCGCCGUGCUGCAGGGCGAGUACAUGGGCCGCGCGGGCGUGCCGUACUGCGAGCGCGACUACCAGCGCCUGUACGGCGUGCGCUGCGCCUACUGCCAGCGGUACAUCUCCGGGAAGGUGCUGCAGGCCGGCGAGAACCACCACUUCCACCCCACGUGCGCGCGCUGCAGCAAGUGCGGCGACCCGUUCGGCGACGGCGAGGAGAUGUUCCUGCAGGGCGCCGCCAUCUGGCACCCGCGCUGCGGGCCCGCGCCGCACGCGCCGCUCGAGCUCGAGCGCGCCUCCUCCGAGCUGCAGUUCUCGCUGCGCUCGCGCACACCCAGCGUCAACGGCUCCUACUGCAGUCCCUACAGUAGCUUGACCAGAAAGUACGGCUACCGCGCCGUGUCGCCCGGGCUGGCGCUGCGCGAGUACCGCGACGACGCGUGCUCGCCGCACCGCAUCACCACGUACUCCUACCUCGCCGGCGAGCCCGCCACGCUGCGCCGCUGCGUGCAGCCCUACGACCGCCCGCCCGCCUCGCCGCACUUCCACCGCCCGCCCUCGUCGGCGAGCACGCGCGCGUCGUCCCGCGCCGGCAGCAAGGCGUCGUCGCGGCCCGGCAUGCGCGUGCUGGUGGACUCCAUCCGCUCCGAGACGCCGCGCCCCAAGUCGCCGCACAUGAACAACGAGGAGCCCAUCGAGCUGUCGCACUACCCGUCGGCGUACAAGCCGCCCCCCGGCACGAAGCCCAAGAUCGAGCGCGACGACUUCCCCGCCCCGCCCUACCCCUACACCGACCCAGAGCGUCGGCGGCGCUGGUCGGACACGUACAAGGGCGUGCCCGACAGCGACGACGAGGGCGAGCGCGUCAACGGACUCAACGGAGACGUCGACCCGCAACUGCGCAAGGAGGAGCAGGAGCUCGCCAAGAUAGAGAGCGGCAUCGCGCAGGUGUUUCUGAAGGAGGUCAAGGAGCGCGAGAAGCUUCAGCAGUGGAAGAGGCAGAACCUCGACCCCAGGAACGCGAGCAGGACGCCGAGUGCGGCGCGCGAGGCGGGCGCUCGCCUGCGCUACUCGUCGCCAGUGGGCGCGUCACCGUCGCGCUCGCUCGACCACCCGCGCGACCACCCGCGCGACCACCCGCGCGCCGCCGACGCCGCGCUCGCGCACCACCACGUGCCCUGCUACAACGUGACUUGCGCCCGUGUCGUAGUCAUGCACGCGCCGCCGCGGCCCGGCUACGGCCUGCGCUCCAGCACGCUGCCCGCCGGCGGCCUGCGCGCCUGCAACGGUGACUUCACAUUUAGUGGACUCUGUGACAAGACGCACAGCACCGACUUCAGCAGCGGCAAGUCAGACAUUUCUGCCGGCUCUAUCACCGACGUGGAUAGAAGUGCUGUGACGACGGACGGCGGCGUGGCGGUGCGCGGCGGCGUGGUGUCCGCGGCCGCCGGCGUGGGCGUGGGGCUGGGCUUGGGGCCCGUGGGCGGCGUGGGCGUGCGCGGGGGCGGUGUGCGGCGCUCGUUGCCCAACAUGGCCACCUCGCAUCUGCUGCACGAGCCCGCUAAGCUCUACCCCUACCACUUGCUUCUCAUCACCAACUACCGCCUGCCACCCGACGUCGACCGCCUUAACCUCGAGCGCCACCUGUCGGACGCGGAGUUCGAGGCGAUCCUGCAGAUCGGGCGCCAGGACUUCUACCGCCUGCCGCAGUGGCGCCGUAACGAACUCAAGCGACGCGCGCGACUUUUUUAAGCCACACCUACACCCUCACCCUCAUCUCACCCUCAUCAGGAUGACCUCAUUCUAAUCCUCUGCCUUCUCCCUCACCCUUCUUCACUCCCAUUCUUUCUCCCUCGUUUCACCGUGGAAAUUGUCGUAUAAGUUAUUUAUUCUUUAAUGUCUUCAUCCGGUCGGGAGAGACUCGACCCGGAGCGGCCGACGUAACGCUUCAACUGUUCGUGUCUAAGAAUAAUAAUAAUAUAUUGAUAUUAUAAUUUUUUUCACAUAAUAAUUUAUAAGUAUGGUGGUGUGAUUCGCCGGUAUGUCUGUGGAUGCGAGAGUUCAUAGAACUUCGAUUUUAUACAUUCGAUAACUCGGUCGGCCGGGCGAUCGGCCGGUUGUUACGGCUGCACAGAGAGCGGCCGAGGUCGGAGGUUCGCUCUGUGGAUUAAUCCAGCAGUAUUUAGAUCGGUGUGCUGGCUUGUUAAAUUUAAUUUAAAGAAAUUUGGGAGUCCGAUCACAGAAAUGUUAAAAGUGUUAUACAUAUUUAUUUUAAGAUCGAUACUUAGUUCUUAAUUCAUUUAAAUUUAUUUAUUUUUGGCUUCUCGUAUCGUUUAUUUUCUUUCUAAAGCCACCACAUCGGUUCGGGACCUCGUCCGCGGUUACGUAGUAACGCCGCAGCAGACACACGAUUACAUAGAUGUAACUAAUAAUAUAUCGAGGCCUUGUCUUAUGUGUGUAUGUGUAUAGAAGAGAUAUAUAUGGCCGAGUGCGAGCGUGACCUCCGUUUACUUUAGUGAGAACCAAAUAUAUCGAUUAUACUUAGGGGGAAGCAUAUUUCGCGUUAGGUUAAGGCGGGCUAGAGAUAAAUAUAUCGCUACGUAUGAACGAGUAUAUAGAGGUGUAUAUGAUUUGAUUCGCGUUCGGUGCGGGGCGGGCGGAACUGUGUCGGCCGUGACGUCACGCGACGUCCGCCGCCGCUCGCUGCGGACGGGUGGACUGCACAGGACGUGACGUCACGCAGCGCUCGCCGUCGCUCGGCGCCGGUUCCUAGCGUGCGUGCGUGUGUGAGUGUCUGCGUGCGUGCGCGAGUGUGUGCGUGUGUGAGUGCAUCAUAUUUGUGAUCACUUCGAUUGUUUUUAAUAUUAUUUUAGCGAGUUACGAUUAAGGUUGCAGUAUGGCGGCUCGUGGCCGUCGGUUUUUGUUUUUAGAUAAGUGUAUUUAUGUGCUAUUUCAAAUUAAUAAACUAUAGACUUAAAAAAUUACUAUCACUACCUAAUCGAAAUCGAUGUUCUUAAAGAGUAACUUCUCAUGGUCGUAGCUUCGCCUCGGACUGGCCUUAUUUGUUCGUUGGCGUUUUAGUAACGACAUCUACCAUGUCGGUUAAAGUUGUACUGAAUAUUGACAUUUGUAAUCUGUAACGCAUGUACUGUACAGUACUGCACGUAUAUCCUUCCUUGGUUCGACGGCUUCAUGUGUAGUGUCGGUUAAGCGAAGAGCGUCUUUAUGUUUAGACGCAAGCGUUAUACAAACUGCACGCUGGCCCACGUCUCGACGUGCGAGCUAGCGAAAUUAUAUUCAAGAAUAUUUCUUUUUAUGGUCUUUGUACAUGAAUAAAAAAUGACUUGCCAACAUCCGUUUAAUGUGUGACAGGGAUAGAGUAUAGACAAGUGUCGCAAUGUAAAUGAUAUUGUAAAUGUUGAGGAGUUACCAAUGUGACUUCGCGCCCUGAUAGAGUCGUUGUUUAGCAUCAUAUAUAUAUUGCGGGACAAAACUUCUAAUAAACUGUUCAUAAAUUUAUAAUGCUUAGCGAAUGUUUCAUUUGUAACUCUUCUCCACUGCUCGUGUUUUGUUGAGAACUGUAAUUUGAACUGGACGCCGAGCUAAAGCAAUUUUGUCAGUAAUUCAAAGCGAAAACUAUGCUUUCAAAUAAUAAAGAAUUGCAUUUCUGACUACAA